AUGGCGUCCUCGAAGAGCGGAGCCAAGAAGUUCUACCACACAACAUCACAACAAGCCUACUACAUGCGGCCGAGCGAGGCCAAGGUCGUGAGCUUAGAAGGCGCGAGACCGGUCGACGACGCCCAGAAGGUGCGGUUAGGUAUUGUUUCCAUGACGAAGCGGCCGGCGGACCUGGAACAGUGGCUCGCGUAUCACAGAAGAGUAGUGGGCGUCGAGAAGUUUUUUUUACAAAUUGAGGAUACUCCCGAAUUAGCUGCUCUACUCUUGAGACCGCCCUGGAACGGUUGUGUGGAUGCGACCUUCGUCGCCAAAACCCAUAGAGAUUACUUCGUGCAGAUGGACCGCCAGGCCGUGAAUGUCGCGUGUGCGGUCGAAAGGGCAAAAGCGCACGGGAUUGAAUGGCUGCUCCAUGUGGACGACGACGAGAUGCUGCACUGCCCGGCCGGUGCUGGUGCUAUGCACGCCGCGUUGUCAGCGUUACCUACACAAUGCUGCGACGCGCACAUCAAGAAUUUGGAAGCGCUCGCGCCGGCGCCUUCAUGUACUAAACCUUUUGAGGAGUGCGUCACUUUUGUCGCGUCCACCUCGAAAUUCGCGUCGUACACGAACGGCAAGAGCUUUGGAAGGGUGGGUGCUCCCGGUCUGCGGGCCCACGGCCCGCACCAUUUCAGGGGAGAUUCAUUAAAUGGCGCGACGCGCGACCUGCCGCCGUCCAUCGCGGUAGUGUUACAUUAUGAGUCCGUGGCCUACGAGCGCUGGACGACGAAGUUCUCGGAAUUAGCAGCUAGACACGGCCACGACGCGAAGAUCCUCGAGAAGCUGCCGUUCCCCUUCUACCGGGCAUCUUUAUCAGCGGUGGGCCGGCUGACGACGGUCUCCGAUCGCGACAAGGCCAAGGCCGCCGACGACGCGUUCCGCGUGUGGUCGCGGUCGAAGCUGGUGGGCGAGUGCGCGCUCGCGCAGAAGGACAAGGUCGUCGUCUGUGUGGAAAUCAACCAGUGCGUCGGAUGACGCGGCCGUCCUGGCUCAGUCGAGCGGUGAGGAACCGGCAUCGCCACGCCAUCGAGCAGGCGUCGCGUCGAUGGCGUGGAGGACGACGCGAUGACUCAGCACGAACGCGCCGUAAAAUUUUGAUUUCCACACAGGUCGUCGUGACAGCUAUACGAGACGCAUUAGCUCGACUGAACCUGCCGGAGGCGUCGGAAGCGGACCGCGCGCCGGCCGCGGCGCCGCCACCAAAACGGGCCAGUCUGGCGGCGAACCCGCCGCUGCCCAAGAUCUGAACCAUUGCCCGCGCGCGCGCCCGGCGACGGCGACGCUGCGCACACCCAUCUUUAAAGUUUAUUUUCUCUUCACUCACGUUACCCCUCU